GCAGAAUUGCCGGCGGAGGAGGGUAAGUCCCUGUGGGACCUGGUGGUGGAACAGUUUGAGGAUUUGCUCGUGAGGAUUCUGCUUCUGGCUGCCUGCAUCUCCUUUGUGCUCGCGUGGUUCGAGGAGGGCGAGGAGACGGUCACCGCAUUCGUGGAGCCGUUCGUCAUCCUGCUCAUCCUCAUCGCCAACGCCAUCGUGGGCGUGUGGCAGGAGCGCAAUGCGGAGAGCGCCAUUGAGGCGCUGAAGGAGUACGAGCCCGAGAUCGCCAAGGUGUACAGGCAGGACCGCCAGGCCGUGCAGAGAAUCAAGGCGCGCGAACUCGUGCCCGGGGACCUGGUGGAGGUGGCCGUUGGAGACAAGGUCCCGGCUGACAUCCGCCUCUCGGAGAUCAAGUCCACCACGCUGCGCGUCGACCAGUCCAUCCUCACCGGAGAGUCGGUGUCCGUGAUCAAGCACACGGAGCCCGUGCCGGACCCCCGCGCUGUCAACCAGGACAAGAAGAACAUGCUCUUCUCCGGUACGAACAUCGCGGCCGGCAAGGCCAUCGGCGUGGUGGUGGCGACCGGCGUGAAUACCGAGAUAGGCAAGAUCCGCGACCAGAUGGCGGCCACCGAGCAGGAGAAGACUCCUCUGCAGCAGAAGCUCGAUGAGUUCGGGGAGCAGCUCUCCAAGGUCAUCACUCUGAUCUGCAUCGCCGUGUGGCUCAUCAACAUCGGCCACUUCAACGACCCCGUGCACGGCGGCUCGUGGAUCCGCGGCGCCGUCUACUACUUCAAGAUCGCCGUGGCACUGGCCGUGGCCGCCAUCCCCGAGGGCCUCCCCGCCGUCAUCACCACGUGCCUGGCGCUGGGCACGCGCCGCAUGGCCAAGAAGAACGCCAUCGUGCGCAGCCUGCCCUCCGUCGAGACGCUCGGCUGCACCUCGGUCAUCUGCUCCGACAAGACCGGCACGCUCACCACCAACCAGAUGAGCGUGUGCAGGAUGUUCGUGCUGGACAAGGUUGAAGGAGACUCGUGCUCCCUGGCCGAGUUCCACAUCACGGGGUCCACAUACGCGCCAGAAGGAGAUGUGUACAAGAACGAGAGCAAAGUGCGCACAGGACAGUACGACGGCCUGGUGGAGCUGGCGACCAUCUGCGCGCUCUGCAACGACUCCUCGCUGGACUUCAACGAGGCCAAGGGAAUCUUCGAGAAGGUGGGGGAGGCGACGGAGACGGCGCUCACGUGCCUCGUGGAGAAGAUGAACGUGUUCGACACCGACGUGAACCGGCUCACCAAAGUGGAGCGUGCCAACGCGUGCAAUAACGUCAUCAAGCAACUCAUGCGCAAGGAGUUCACGCUGGAGUUCUCGCGCGACCGAAAGUCCAUGUCGGUCUACUGCGUCCCCACCAAGCCCACGCGCUCCGCCGUGGGGCCCAAGCUCUUCGUAAAGGGCGCCCCCGAGGGCGUGAUGGACCGCUGCACCCACGUGCGCGUGGGCACCACCAAGGUGCCCAUGACGCCCGGCGUGAAGGACCGGAUCAUGUCGACGAUCCGCGAGUACGGCACGGGCCGCGACACGCUGCGCUGCCUGGCGCUGGCGACGCGCGACACCCCGCCGCGCAAGGAGGACAUGGUUCUGGAGGACUCCACCAAGUUCGGCAACUAUGAGGCGGACCUGACGUUCGUGGGCUGCGUGGGAAUGCUGGACCCUCCUCGCAAGGAGGUCAUGGGCUCCAUCAUACUGUGCAGGGAGGCCGGCAUCAGGGUCAUCAUGAUCACCGGCGACAACAAGGGCACAGCGGUGGCCAUCUGCCGUCGCAUCGGCAUCUUCACGGAGGACGAGGACGUGGAAGGGAAGGCGUACACGGGUCGCGAGUUUGACGACCUGCCCAGCUCGGACAAGGGACCUGCCACCAUGCGCGCGCGCUGCUUCGCCCGUGUCGAGCCCUCGCACAAGUCGAAGAUCGUGGAGUACCUGCAGGGAUACGACGAGAUCACCGCCAUGACGGGCGACGGCGUGAACGACGCCCCAGCGCUCAAGAAGGCCGAGAUCGGCAUCGCCAUGGGCUCCGGCACGGCCGUGGCCAAGUCGGCGUCCGAGAUGGUGCUCGCCGAUGACAACUUCGCCUCCAUCGUGUCCGCCGUCGAGGAGGGCCGCGCCAUCUACAACAACAUGAAGCAGUUCAUCCGCUACCUCAUCUCCUCCAACGUGGGCGAGGUGGUGUGCAUCUUCCUGACGGCCGCCCUGGGCUUUCCCGAGGCCCUGAUCCCCGUGCAGCUGCUGUGGGUGAACCUGGUGACGGACGGCCUCCCGGCCACCGCCCUCGGUUUCAACCCCCCCGACCUGGACAUCAUGAACAAGCCUCCUCGCAGCCCCAAGGAGGGCCUCAUCAGCGGCUGGCUCUUCUUCAGAUACAUGGCCAUCGGAGGCUAUGUGGGCUGCGCUACAGUGGGGGCGGCCGCCUGGUGGUUCAUGUACGCCGAGGACGGGCCCCACCUCAGCUACUACCAGCUGAGCCACUUCCUGCAGUGCGGCCCGGACAAUCCGGCGUUCCACGACGUGGAGGACUGCGAGAUCUUCGAGUCUCCGGUCCCCAUGACCAUGGCGCUGUCCGUGCUCGUCACCAUCGAGAUGUGCAACGCCCUCAACAGUCUGUCGGAGAACCAGUCCCUGGUGCGCAUGCCGCCGUGGGUGAACCUGUGGCUUCUGGGUUCCAUGCUGCUCUCCAUGUCCCUGCACUUCCUCAUCCUUCACGUGGAACCCCUGCCGAUGGUGUUCCAAGUGAGUCCUCUCGACCUGACCAAAUGGAUCCAGGUGAUGAAGAUAUCCCUGCCCGUCAUCCUCAUCGAUGAGGUCAUGAAGUGCUUCGCACGAAACUACUUGGAGGGUGGAGACCGAGGAGUGGAAAACUGAGGCAGGGCGAGGCCACAACCCGGAGCCUGGAGCCUGGGAAGACACUGGAAGGGAGGGGGGGGGGGGGAAGGGAGGGAUCAGACUUGCGUCGGUGAUUCCGCCCAUAUUUAUUCAUCAGGGAAAAAAUGCACAAACGUACAAUUCGAUACGAAUCACAAAAUAGGUAAUUAUGUAAAAGGACAGAUUUGUUUAGUUGCUCGAUGGGUAAAAUAUCAUCCCGUUCAGACCCCGUCGGUCAUUCUUCUGGGUUAAACGUUGAUAUCGAGUUUGCUGGGUCUCAUCAGCAGGGUGUGGGUCUCGUGUAAGAAAAUGCUGAGAAAAGUUCAAGCAUUUCAAAUGCAAAUCUCUCAAACUUCUUUCCUGCCCCCAACCCAACCCCCGAUCCCGAACCCUAACCACCUCGCACUCUGCGCACGGUCAAUGCGGGACAAACAGCUACCCCCCCCCACUGUGACGCCGUGCCAUAUAUAUUCUUGGCGGGCGACGGUUUAGGGCCUCGGAGAGUUUUCGCCUUCUCAGUUUCAUGUCCACCGAUGACGUAAAAAUAAAAAAAAAUCCCACGUUUCCGUUUCUCCUCUUUGAAACAAACCAGACAAUAUUUAUUUAUUAAACAAAAAAAAAUCAUCGCCGGCAACCGAACUGAAAUGCCCGAUGAACCACGCAAAAGGGGGCGUUUGGUCGCUGCCCAAAAAAAAUAAAGUUUUUCGUUGCGAGAAAAUUUUUUUUUUUCUCCCCGUUUGUUUUUAGGCGAGGGGAGGCGGGGGGGGUGGGGGAGGCUUCUAGUUGACGCCGGGGCGGCAACGGGGCCCCCGGCGUGGCCGAACCGCGUUCAAACUCCCCGCCAGGAGACCCCGAGACGUCUUAAAGCGCGCGAGUGCGUGUGUAACGCGUUGUGCGCGCCCCGCCCGGCUUGUUCAUAAUGUCCGGCCGUCGCUCGUUGCGGACCCCGCCGCUUUGUUCCAUGCUGCUUGCCCUGUAGAGUUUUUUUUGCGGUUUUUUUUUUUGGGAUGAUCAUUUUAAAAAGGUUUAAUGGAAAAAACUAGAAAAAAGUACAUUUACGAACGAACGGUGGAAUUGAUGGUUAAUAAAGAAGUGGAAUGGGAAUGUUAAAA